UCCAAAGUCUAAACUUGCAAUUUUGCUGCUGCAGGAGGCAGUGAAUAUGAUAUGCUUCCCAUUCGGUGAAUAUUUUUAAGAUUCUUAUUAUAUGGAUAAUUAUUUUUUUAGUCUGGUGGGGGGUUGUUAUGCUGAAUUUAAUUCCAGUCCCCCUUCCCUGUUUGUUAGUCUUAUUCGUACCAAGAAACCAUGCAAAUCUUACAGAGUUAAAGGCAGCUUUGAGUACUAUCUCUUCUGACACAACCAUUUCCCUGCCAAGGCAGUCACUAAAUCAAGCGCUAGGCUUAUUAUUUUUAAAAUUGCUUCUGUUCCAGUUUGGAGCAUAGGCCCACCGUCUCGCUCCCAGCACCCCAAGGAAUAGCAAAAACAAGAGGUCCCCUUCAGGAAAAAGCAUGCUGUACUUCAGUUCAAAGUAGUUCUUGACUAGCUAUGGGGGUUUCUGAUUUGUACUGCAAAAGCAUUAUGGAGAAUAAGGUCUUACCUUAGGUUUGUUGGCAAUUAUGUUGGAAUAUUUUUAGUUGCUUAAAUUGUAAAUGAGUUCAAAGGCAAAACUAUGCCUCCACAUUCCAUCAGGGAUAGCUCAGUCAGUAGAGCAUGAGACUCUUAAUCUCAGGGCUGUGAGUUCGAUCCCUGCAUUUGGGAAAAAAUUCCUGCAUUGCAGGGGGUUGGACUAGAUGACCCCUGCGGUCCCUUCCAGUUCAACAAUUCUAUUCGAUUCUGUUUAUUUUUCCUCUCUUAUGUUGCCAUCGGAACAGUGAGGGGAAAGCAGGACAAAGUGGGCACUGUCUCAGUUUUCGGAUGGGGUUCAGUCACAAAUUCAGGUUGCACGGAUAUAGUUGGUUAGAAGUCUUGUGCAAUAAAUGUGCACUCCCCCCCAAAAAAAAACAACCCCCAAAUAACGGACCUUUUGCAAUAAGGAGAGUGAUAGGGAAAUGCCCUGGAAAGGGUGGGAGAACAUUUGCUUUGACGCCACACUAUUUAAAUCUGAACUAAAUCGCCAACCAUCUCCUUGAAAGUCAAUCAAGACGAAUGCUCAAUAAAGAGUAUCUUUGGGCCAGUGGGCAAUCUGGGUGAAUUAUUGGUACAUUAUUGGUACAGCUCAGCAGCUGCAGACCUGAUGGUUCUCUUGGAUGGGAACCACUAUAUAAGUGGAAAACAAUUUUUGCUUCUGUUUCUUAAAGCGAAAAGUGGGGACAUGUGCAUUAACCGUUCAGCUCUUUGAGCUGGUUUGUCUUUGCUUCCGUCAAAUUGUUCAGCCUUCGCAGAGAAGUUCAGAAACUGUGGCAUUUCAAAACAUUUAUGGAAACAAGUUAUCCACUCUCCCAUGGAAGUUGGAGCUAGAUACAAAUUAAGUAAUACUGUACAGGAAAACUUCAGAUUCUCUGCAAUGGCAGAAAGCAAAGGCCUUCCAAGCUUUAGCCAUUUUUUUUUAAUUUAUAGAAACAAAAUUUAUAUACUGCAGUAUCAUUAAGGAAUGCUCUAACUACCGCACGAUUGAACUCAUUUCACACGUUAGCAAGGUUAUGCUUAAAAUUCUACAAGGAAGGCUCAAGCAGUAUGUGGACCAAGAACUCCCAGAAGUGCAAGCUGGAUUUCGAAGGGGCAGAGGAACCAGAGACCAAAUUGCAAACAUGCGCUGGAUUAUGGAGAAAGCUAGAGAGUUCCAGAAAAACAUCUACUUCUGCUUCACUGACUACGCAAAAGCCUUUGACUGUGUCGACCACAGCAAACUAUGGCAAGUUCUUAAAGAAAUGGGAGUGCCUGAUCACCUCAUCUGUCUCCUGAGAAAUCUCUAUGUGCGACAAUAAGCUACAGUUAGAACUGAAUACGGAACAACUGAUUGGUUCAAAAUUGGGAAAUGAGUACAACAAGGCUGUAUAUUGUCUCCCUGUUUAUUUAACUUAUACGCAGAAUUCAUAAUGCGAAAGGCUGGGCUGGAUGAAUCCCAAGACAGAAUUAAGAUUGCCGGAAGAAAUAUCAACAACCUCAGAUAUGCAGAUGACACAACCUUGAUAGCAGAAAGUGAGGAGGAAUUAAAGAACCUUUUAAUGAGGGUGAAAGAGGAGAGCACAAAAUAUGGUCUGAAGCGCAACAUCAUAAAAACUAAGAUCAUGGCCACUGGUCCCAUCACCUCCUGGCAAAUAGAAGGGGAAGUAAUGGAGGCAGUGAGAGAUUUUACUUUCUUGGGUUCCAUGAUCACUGCAGAUGGUGACAGCAGUCACAAAAUUAAAAGACGCCUGUUUCUUUGGGGAAAAGCAAUGACAAACCUAGAUAGCAUCUUAAAAAGCAGAGACAUCACCUUGCCGACAAAGGUCCAUAUAGUUAAAGCUAUGGUUUUCCCAGUAGUGGUGUAUGGGAGUGAGAGCUGGACCAUAAAGAAGGCUGAUUGCCGAAGAAAUGAUGCUUUUGAAUUAUGGUGCUGGAGGAGACUCUUGAGAGUCCCAUGGACUGCAAGAAGAUCAAACCUCUCCAUUCUGAAGGAAAUCAGCCCUGAGUGCUCCAAUACUUUGGCCACCUCAGGAGAAGAGAAGACUCCCUGGAAAAGACCCUGAUGUUGGGAAAGAUGGAGGGCACAAGGAGAAGGGGACGACAGAGGACGAGAUGGCUGUGAACAUGAGUUUGACCAAACUGCGGGAGGCAGUGGAAGAUAGGAGUGCCUGGCGUGCUCUGGUCCAUAAGGUCACUAAGAGUCGGACACAACUAAACGCCUAAACAACAACAUCAUUAAAAUAUAGCGGUUUACAACAACAGAAGCACAUAAAACCAAACAAUAACAUUAUAAAAAGUCAAAAAUAAGUUAAGAGCAAAAGGAAAUUAAAAACAAAAAAUAAAAACGUGGUUUUGUGGAGAGACUAUUCAAAUGUGUACAGGCAUGACUCAAAUGGCUCAUCGACCGCAUUGACUAAGCAGGAGGAAAACAGAACCUAUUCUCCUUUUUGAAAGCAUUUAAACCCCCUAUUAUUUGCCAAAGAAUAAUGGUGGGAGUUUACAUGGGGAAAUACCUUAGAAAUGUAUGCAAUAUAUUUCAGCUGCCUUUUAAAGCACACUGGAAAUCAGGGAAGCAGACAAGCCUUGGCAUCUGACUCCAACCAUUACAACCAUAAUUAUUUGGAAAAAUAACUCUUAAAAAUAAAAUAACUCUUAAAAAUAAAAAAUAACGGUUAUAAAUAUAUCAUUACCCGUAUUGAACCAUUUAAUUUCUCAGCCGUUUGCAAUCACAGCAGAGUAGACCAUGAAAGCAGCUUGUGGCAGACAGGUAGAUGGGUCAACAGGCAACCAACUGCAAGUUUUGUGAGUGAGAAGCUACAGUGGCAAGUGGUCCCCAAAUUACAAUAGCGAAUGUACAAAAAUAUUGCAGCUAAGUAGAAGAAGCACCAAACCCUACAAGAGAAGGAGCAGAAUCCACAAAUCAUUGUGCUUCAGAGAUUUCAAUAUAUCCCAAGAAUCAGAAGCGGCUUUUUACAUGGAUGGGGGGUACAUGCUACGCUAGCUUACAGGUGAGUCAGUGCAGCUGACCGGGAGCAGGGAGGUCAGCAUGGUGAAAAAGUGCCAGCGGGAGCACCAGAUUGGCUCUGCAAUGUGUUUGCACCAUGCCAACUUCCUUGUCAUCUGCCCCCUCCUGGGAAGCUAUGCCAACCUACUUGCUGGGGAGCUAGCACAGUGGCUCUGCCCCUACCCGGCAAGAAGCCCCUUCCACAAGAAAUGGGCAUCUGCUAUGAAGCAAACUACAUCAGCUCUAAAUGCAGAUUCCGCAACCCACGUAAAAGAAACCUCAAGGUUAGAUUACUGCAAUGCGUUAUAUGUAGGGCUGCCUCUGAAGACGGUUCGGAAACUUCAGCUGGUGCAGAAUUCUGCGGCCAGGUUGCUCACUGGAGCAAGAUGGUUUGAGCAUAUUACACCAAUCCCAGUCCAACUGCAUGGGCUACCAAUUAGUUUCCUGACCCAAUUCAAUGUGCUGGUUUUGACCUAUAAAGCCUUAAACGGCUCAAGACCGCAAUACCUUAAGGACCGCCUCUUUCCAUAUGAACCUACCCGGACCCUGAGAUCAUCUUCUGAGGCUCUCCUUCAUGUACCCCCUCCACAAGAGGUCUGGAGGGUAGCAACACGAGAACAGGCCUUCUCUGCAGUGCCCCCCCCCCAUCUGUGGAACGCUCUCCCCAGGGAAGUUUGCCUGGUGCCUUCAUUAGACACCUUUAGGUGCAAAACGCUGCAUUUUAACCAGGCAAACCUGGUUGAUCCUAUCAACAUCCUAUGCCCUUUUAAAAUGUGUUUUUAUGGGGGCGGCUAUUGGGUUGUUGUUUUUAUUUUUAUUAUGUAUUUUGUGGUUUUACAUCUUGAUUUUAUUCGGUGAACCGCCCUGAGACCCCUGGGUAUUGGGCGGUAUAGUAUGUAUGUAUGUAUGUAUGUAUGCAUAUAUGUAUUGGGCUUGCAACCAGUUCAGAGUUCUUUGAGAAGGGGAUAUUUUAUUGCACGACAGUAAGCAUCCUUUUACAGGGCAAUCCCAAACAUGUCUGCUAAGAAGUAAACCCUAUGGGACCAACUGGUCUUAAUUCCAGGUAAGUGCUGAUAGGGUUAUUUCCAUGCUCCAUACUCACUGGGAGCAAAGGGUUCUACCAUGCAAGGCUCUAGAAGCUGUUCUAAGUGAGUGCUAACCUGAACUCAGACCUUACCUACUCUACCCAGAGAACAGACCGGUGACCUGUGGGAGGGGAGAAGGAGAUUGUUUCAAAGUGGGAGGAAUCACAGAAUCGUAGAAUCAUGCAGUCAGAAGGGGUCAUGAGGGCCUUAAGAGUCCAACCCCUUGUAAUGGAGGACAGUCUCAGAUAUGUCCACUUGAAAAGAAAUGGGUGGGGUGGCAGUGGUGGCUGAUGCCACUUGGCACUGGUGGGACAGAAGCCAGGGAGCCCAACGGUAUGUGGAGCCAAGAGCUGGUGAUAGGUAGGAGCCAGCUAAUUCUAGUUUUGUCCCCAUCUUCUUCCCUGAUAAGUACUACUUCCAUCAACGGGUGUCUCUGAAAAUUUUUACACAUCACUUGGGAAGACAGACGAACUAAUGCCAGUGUACUGGAAGAAGCAAAGAUCACCAGUGUCGAAGCAAUGAUUCUUCAACAUCCACUUCGCUGGACUGGUCAUGCUGUUCGGAUGCCUGUUGAUCGUCUUCCAAAGCAACUACUCUAUUCCGAACUUAAAAAUGGAAAGCGUAAUGUUGGUGGUCAACAAAAGAGGUUUAAAGACUCUUUUGAGGCAAAUCUUAAAAAAUGUAGUAUGAACACCGACAACUGGGAAACACAGGCAUGCGAGCUUUUCAGUUAGAGAACAGCCUUUACUAAAGGUGUCAUGGACUUUGAAGACGCUCAAACUCAAGACAAAAGGGAGAAAUGAGCUAAGAGGAAGGCACCUUUGGCAAACCUCACCGUGAUCAACUCCCACCCGGAAACCUAUGUCCCCACUGUGGAAGGACGUGUGAAUCCAGAACUGGCCUCCACAGUCACUUACGGACUCACUGUUAAGACCGUGUUUAUGGAAGACAAUCUUACUCCGCUAUGAGGGAUCACCAGAGAAGAAGAAGAAGUCUACAGGGCAACCCUAAGGAGGGAGUAGCUGGCAGGUUGCCCUGUUCUGGAUUGGUUGUAGGUAAAAAGACAAGCUGGUAGGAGGAUAGAUUGAACUUGGAGGGCAGUGGCCUGCUUGCCCCAAAAAACUAGCCUCUACUGGGAGGAGUCUCCUACCCAGUUUGGAGCUCUAGAGGAGUCAGAAAGACCUGUUCUGAAAGAAGGCGUGCCAUCUCCAUGUGCUUCGGGAUUCACUUUGCAUUUCCCCACCCUCCAGCUUUGUUCUUUGCAUUAUGCGCCCUGGGCAGUUCAUUUAGAGGCCACGAAACUGAAAACCAAGUGCGUUCUUUCACCCUGCUUGCACAAUCCUCCUUCUCUGAUGGGAAUGGAAGUUUCCCUCCUAGUUUUCACUUCCUCCAUGGUGCUAUCAUCAUUGUUUUAAAUUAGAUUGCAAAUUAUAUUUUGUAGUCAGUGUGUCAGAUUGCCGUACUUUUUACAAAGGUGCCAAAAGUGUCUCGCUCACGCAGAUUACACAAAACCUGGUGAAAGGGAACAAGACCUGGUUUAUACAGACUCUGCUCUCCCCAACUGCUUUGCAGGAUCCUCUAUUGGCUCAAAGUAAUACAAGCAAGCAGGUGGCGCUGUGGUCUCAACCACUGAGCCUCUUGGGCUUGCUGAUCAGAAUGUUGGUGGUUGAAAAUCCCGUGAUGGGGUGAGCUCCCGUUGCUCUGUCCCAGCUCCUGCCAACUUAGCAGUUCGAAAGCAUGCCAGUGCAAGUAAAUAAAUAGGUACCACUGCAGCGGGAAGGUAAAUGGUGUUUCCGUGCACGCUGACUUCCAUCAUGGUGUCCUGUUGCGCCAGAAGCGGUUUAGUCAUGCUGACCACAUGACCCGGAAAGCUGUCUGUGGAUAAACACUGGCUCCCUCGGCCUGAAAGUGAGAUGAGCGCUGCAAUCCCAUAGUCACCUUUGACUGGACUUAACUGUCCAAGUCCUUUAGCCAGUGUGGUGUAGUGGUUAAGAGCGGUGGACUCACAAUCUGGUGAACUGGGUUCACGUCCCCGCUCCUCCACAUGCAGCUGCUGGGUGACCUUGGGCUAGUCACACUUCUCUGAAGUCUCUCAGCCUCACUCACCUCACAGAGUGUUUGUUGUGGGGGAGGAAGGGAAAAGGAGAUUGUUAGCCGCUUUGAGACUCCUUAGGGUAGUGAUAAAGGGGGAUAUCAAAUCCAAACUCUUCUUCUUUUUUUACGUUUACAAGCAAGCUUAAAGCAGCAUUGCUUGUGCAUGUUGAAGAGCACUAACAUUCCAUUUUAGCUCCAUGCACCUCUACGGUUUCUAAAGGAAUAUUAGUUCUUUACAUUAUAACUUAGGACUCAGAGCCGAUUUGGCAAGGUGAGCUUCUGCUGGAAUGCUGUCGGGUUUGGUAAAUAGGAUCUAGACCCGCCUACCUCCGGCUUGCAAUUACAACUGAAAGGGGAGAGAUUUAAGGGGUUUGUUAUCUGAUGGUUGCAUUGUAGCUCGAGAACAGGGCAGCUGGGAGGAAUUUAUCGGUUUUCUCCUGCCUCCAGCAGAGGCAGGACAAUUCCAGCAGAACAUGCCACCCAGCCAGCCAGAUCAAAGGUAAAAUUAAAGAUGUAGAACCUUUCCCGACCACAGGACUGAAGUAAGGGGAGAUGGGUAGGAGAAGAAGACACACAGAUUAUUUGGCUCUUUGGAAGUCUGGAUGAACAGGAGCUCUGUUUAACAGACCAGCCAUAGAUCGUUGCAAGUCCAUUACUAACGACAUACAAAUAAAGCUGUUUAAAAUACAAAACGAGACUGAUAAAAUGCUUGCAGAAUAAUAGCUAAUCACUACAGGUGGGGUGAUUUCAGUCUUGUAGGGUCUAGUUAUUUUCUAGUAUCCCAUGAUCCACCAAUGAGAUUUGAUUUUACCAAAAAAACUCCAAAACAAAACCCACAGGAUCUCUAAAUUGUUUUAAGGCAUAACUCACAUAUAUUAAGUGAUCCUGGGUCUCCCCUCUUACAGAAGAAAAUAAGAAAGGUCUUGCUUAGCAAAUUGUUAGUAAAAAUGCCAGCAAUCUUUGAUCAUUGACCGAGAAUUGGCCAAUGAUCUGUCUUUCAACCAACCCUGACCAACCCAAUCUAUCAGUAAGCUUCCACCUUACUGAUAGUUUUAUUACUUCUCAGUUUUAUUUGUAUGAAGGAUGUGUGAUAUGAUUAUUUAUUAUAUGGUAUGAUGAUGAUGAUUGCAGUAUAUCUCCCUGGAAUCCAUCAGCAUGAAAAAUGGCUUAGAAUUGUUACACAAAUAAACAUGAUAGGGCACUAUCAAUUAAGAUAAUCAAGAAAACUGAAUGAGAGAGCUUACUGUACUCUUAUAAAAACUACCUCCAGAUCUUAGAAUGUCUGUUGUCCUUGCAAUUAGUAAGAAGCUAUUGUGCUUGUUUGAAGAUGUUGUGUCACCCAAACCCCUUUAGGUUCCAGCUACACAAAGCUGACUUUAUCUUGACAAAGAUACUGAGAAGAUGUGUUUGAUCUUGGCAAGAGCUAGGUGUACCAUGAACCAUGUUAUUAUGGAAGAGGAGAAAGUCUAAGGGGAAAGAAAUUCUUAAGAGAGUCCUUUUGACUGGAAACAAAUAAAAGGACCGUCCCUCUUCCCAUGUUAUAUAGGGAAAAAUAUGGAGCAAGCAUCUAAAUACAAAGAUACAGACUCUUAUUAUAUAAAAUACAAGCAUAAAUUAUGUCAGAAAGACCAUUCAUGAGCUCCUGAAUGACUUGUCAGACUUAUAGCCUGAAUGAAGGGUGCUUAAGCCUCACUGAGCAUAGGGGAUUUAUUCCCUAAUAUGUGUCUUUAGGAUUCCAGGCUUAUUGCUACAUAAAAAUCACAUAUUGAUAAUGCUGUAAAUGGAGGAAAGCUUUCAGCACAGAGGGGGAGGCACAACCCACUAAUAAAACAUAUUUUAAUCAAAUUAAGUCGCAUUGAUUUCACGCUCAUGAGAUGUUCCACUAUGUUCAUUGGGGUCUUAUCCCAGAAACAUGUGAGCCUAACCAUGUCUUACUUGAAAUGACUACUGAUUUCAGCCUUAGUAUGAUAAAACCCACAUCUUUUAUAAUGACAGGCUGAAAAUGAUUAAUGGGUUUGCAGCACUAUGCUAGGGUGGUAUACAUUUGACCAUGUGAUACUGGAAAACCCAAAGCCAAUAAAAUAACCUCGUAUGAAUAUACCUUAACAGCUACAACGUGGCUUCCUACGAUUGCUCAGGUCAUGGUAGAACAAACUCUUAGGUGAAUCUGCUGUUGAAAUCAUUGCCUGGAAAGAUGGGGUCACAGAUAUUGUCUCUACAACUUGCCAGAGUAUGGAAAAACAUAUGCAAGAAUACAUUGCAAGAAGCCCAGAUGCAUAAAACAAGUGUAUCUUCCAUCAGAUUUUUAUCUAUUAGGUAUUGGGGGAGAGAGGUCACGCCAUUAAAAAAUGGGUUUUUAAGCAAAAAUACUUUUCGGAGGAGAAGCAGUAGCUGUUUUUGCAGCAGUGCUUUGUGAAACACAAUUUAGAAAACCCCAAAGGACACACUGUCCUUUUUGCACGGGACACAGGAAUCAAGGCAUCUCAUUCUGCAUGCCAUUUUUCAAACACAUGACGUUGCUCUUGGGGUGACCGGGCUCCUUUCCAAGGACCCGGCCUCACACCAGAAGGUCACAGAGAUGCACGCAAAACUUCUUGUAAAGAAAUUCGCCAGGCAUAUGCUCCACAAAAUGGGCUCAAUCCAAAGACAGACAGUCCCCAAGUCAUAUUGAGGUGGUGAAACAAUCGCACGCAGAAGCUUUCACAAGUGGACACUUAACCAGAAUCCAAUCGGCCUUAGUCAACAGCACCCUGUCCAAAUCGAGACGAAUGCAUGACUUUUGUAAUGUUUUGAUCACAAGUGAAAAGUGCAAUGGGUUGAAAUCACACAAUGAUGGUAGAUUGGGCUGCUGCUACCACCUCUGUGUUAACUUGUAUGGAAAAUACGAGUGUGUGGGGGGAAUUACAAACACACAGGAACAUUUCCUUCUCCAUUUAUAUUUAGACAGCGUUUUCAUUUUGCCCAUAAAGCUCUCCCAGGAAAGGGGGGGGGAGUAUAAGAAACAGCAUAUUUCUGCUCUUAUCUUGUUUUCCUCUCCCACAGUGUAAGCUGUAUUCUGUUUUUAAGUUUCUGCUUAAACCGUGCAUGAUCUUUCCACCCUUGCAGUCUGGCACCUGUAUCCCACACUUGCAUACAGAGGGAAAAGAAGGUUGCAAAAACUUGGGAAAUCACAGGACUCAUAACAGCAGAACGACUUGCUACAUAUUUGUUGCAACAGACCAAAUAGUUUUGUUUUCCCCUUGAAAUCAAGUAAGCCGGUCUCCUUCUCUUUAAAACAAAAAAAGGGCACUUGCUGUGCAACUGUCCAAGAUAACUUGAAAGAAGGGGGGGAAAGCAGGAAAGCUCACUCUGCUAUGAGAUCCAAAACAUUCCUAGAGCCAACAUAUCUGUACAGAAACACGACUUAGAUGACCUCAAUUAACAGAUGCGGUAGAAUUAAGGGCAUGUUUUGAGAUGAAAUAAUGCUCAUUAUCUAGAUUUUAUCAUUGCGUUGCCUUCCUCCUGUUAGGAUUUUAAUUCAGGAAACUGGAAAUAAACAAUACAAUUCAUCUACAUAAGGAUAGCCCAGAUCCUACCCUGGUCACACUGGAGUCUUUGGGAUUUUAUAGGACCAUCCUAUAAAUAUUUACUUGGUAAUAAGCUUGCAUAAUAUGGAAGCUUAUAAUACUGUGCAGGAUUGCAGCCAAAGUCACUUCUAACCAAAUGGAUCAGUCAGAGCAAGCCCGCUGGUAAUAAAAAAUAAAAAAUCCACUCCCCCCCUUUAAAAUCACAGUGCAGUACUAAUAACCACAUUUACUCACAUGCAGUCCUGUUGAAUUCAAUGGGGCAUAAUCGCAGCCAAGCUGGGUUUAGGAUCUCAGAUAAGCUUCAAGGCUAUUUUGUUCUAUGAAACACGCUGCUAAGUCUUUUGUUAACCCUGAGAAAGGAUAUUAAUUAUCUUGUUAACAUACCAAGCAUUACUUUAUUUUCAGUGUUGAUUUAAUAUCGGGGUUUAGUACUGAUCUAAAGGGAUUUGUUUCUUUGUUUGUUUGGGCUGCCAUACAUCCGGAUUUUCCCGGACAUUUACCAAGAUUUCAAAGGUGCAAUUGACGUCCGGGGUGACUUUGCGGCGCUUUGUCCUGGAUCUCAGGCAAGCCAAUCAGAAAAUUGUGAGUUUUCCUUAAAAAUGUAUAUAAUAAUCUCAACAAUUUGGGGGGUGUUUUUCUUCUUAUAAUACAAUGCUAUAGAUACAUUGUCAUUCAGAUCUAAUUUAGGGUUGCUACUCGUCCAAACUUUGGGCAUUAUUGUUAAAAAAAAUAAAUCUCAGCAACUUUGGUGUUUGUCUAAAAGAAGCUUGACAAUUUUGAUGGUUUCCAAAAAAAAUUAAAAACCUCAACCAUUUUGGGGGUGUCCUGGUUUUUACUUUUUGAGCUACAGCAACCCUUUAUUCAUCAGGAGGGCACAAAGGUGGGUUUAUUCACUUAGGAAUUCUUAAAGUUUGAGUCGAGCAGGUCAGCCGAUUCUUCUCUUAAAACAAAAGAAAGAACACGACCUUACCUUCUCUCUCUCUCUCUCUCUCUCUCUCUCUCUCUCUCUCACACACACACACACACACACACCAAGAAAGAAAAAAGAAAAAGCAGUUUAUCAUCCCAAUAACAUAGCUUAAGAAGCAGACUAACGGAACAUGCAGAGCUUGCAAGUAUGGCAUCGAAAAUAAGAAAUCAAGCUGACAAGCUGACGAGUAGGGAAUACCUUGCAGAAAUUUGAUCUCGGAAAUAAAUUCCAGGUAGACAAUACCUUGUGACCAGCAGCUGAUAAUAUUAAACUUAUGGGAACAUGGGAAAUAAGGGGAAGGAAUUAAGGUAUAUGCAGCUAAGCAAGAAGUCCAAAGAGCUGUCAGGGAAGGCUGUCCUGGAAAUCUCAAAGAACAGCUGCAGAAGAAUGCAAAACUGGAAACUUAAAAAUAAAAGAAUGGAAAGCGUAGUUUGAUGAGAAGACAGGAGCCUCAAAGCCCACACAACGGCACCAAUAAGUCUGCCUACCUGGAUGGAAAGUCAGCUUAGCAGCCUUUGCAGGAAUCCGGAAAAUCUGGACAGCGAGUUAAUGCAUCUUUUUGCAUUUGCAGGUGUGUUGGCCUGUUCAGACGAGAAGUGUUGAGAUACCACUCGCCUCGUCCUUUGGCAAUUUUCUGGAGACUGGAAAGGCGAAAAAGUUGCAAUGAGCCAACCCAAAGAGAAGAAAAAACCCUCCCUUCUCAUGGGCCUGAAAGACGCAUUCCAGAAAGGCGAAAAGGAGCGCUAAUCGGUUAGACCAAAUUCCUGACUGGGCAUAAAGCCUUAAAGUUAAGCUAUUCCGCUUCCAGAACUUAAGUCUUCUGCCUCUUUUGCUGAAGCUGUGGGAAAUGUCGGUCUCAGGCCUUCCCCGCCCCGACAGUUCCCUUUCUUCACAGUAGCGAGGUUGUCUCUUGUCUACUCCCAGCCUUCAAACUCACCAAACCAGAUUCCCCCCCCCCCCAGCAACAACUUCCCAUAAAUCUGAACUGAAAUUUUAUCCUGUUCGGCUAGCUGCCCGAAGGCCAGUUUAUCGUCCUUGCUGUUUCAGCAAGGUAGAUAACUGUGCACUAGGGCUGCUAGGCAUCCCUAUUUUCCAGGACACGUCCCCAAAAACAGCAUCCCAGACGAUUCCCCCAGCGUCCUGGGAAAGCAGCAAUUGUGCCAAAAAGGCCAGAAGAAGAAGUAGAAAAGCUCUGUAACUAGAAAACCUUUGUACUAAAGAAAGCUCUACAACUUUGGGGGUUGUCUAAAAAAAACUCUGGGGGUUUCCCUUAAUAAUAAAAAUAAAUAAAUAGAUGAAAUAAAACUUGGACCAUAGAAGAACACACCAGAAUACUAAGGGCAUGUUCUGAGGAUCUUUUCCAUAUGGCCUUGCUUCCAUGAGAGGUUUCCCCAACCUGGUGCACUCCAGAUAUUUUGGACCACAGUUCCCAUCAUCCCUGACCAUUGCAUUGGCAAUUCGGUGUGUAGCAAUUGGUGGAAAAUAUUGGUCUAUGUAUGCCUUAGCUGUUUAAAACACAGUGAGGACAUUGCUCCCCUCGCUGUGUUUCUCAUUGCCUUUUUUUAUUUCCUGUACGCACCAGAGAGGGGGUGAGGAUGUCUUUACUAGGACUGCCAUACGUCCGGAUUUCCCUGGACAUUACUGGGAUUUUAAAGGUGGAAUUGACAUCCAGGGGAGGGGCGGAUUUCCAAAAGGUGUUGCUCCUUAAAAGAGCUUGACAACUUUGGGGGUCUCCUAAAAGAAGCUUGACAACUUUCAGGAUGUCUUGGUUUUUGAAAUAUGGCAACCCUGAUUGCGACAAUUUCAUGCCAUUUUUCACAUUCUGGAAAAUCACAAAUGCAGGUUAGACCUCAGACCGUAGCAAAGGCGUAUAGGUUAUUCAACGUAAGGGUAAAACUACACAAGACAGUAAAGAGUUGCUAGCACAUAACAUCCACCAAUUCUGGUUUGUUUGUUUGUUUGUUUGUUUGUUUGUUUGUUUGUUUUGCAAAGGAAUGAUUAUUCCAGUAUUACUACCACCCAGUGCCAUUUUAUAAUUCAAAUCAGGGGAAAUAAAUACAGUAAAUGGACAAAAGUACAAAGAUUCACCAAAUAUUUAGGGCUAUGUGUAACCCUGCAUACCCCCAGAAAAAAGCACUGCUGCUACCACCCCUUUGUUCUAGAUGGAGAUUCUACUCCUCUAUCAGGCAGUGAAAAGGUUAGCAAAUGAUGUGUAGAAUCUCAAUCAGGAAGAUCUUUUGUUACUGUAUAGUCAUCUGAAAGCUCACCCACCUACCCCAAAGAAGAAUAUUGGGAACUGCAUUUGAUCCCUGGCCAGAGCUAUAAUUCCCAGCACCCCUGAACUAUGGUUCCCAGUGUGUGUGUAUGUGUACAUAUAUAUAUAUUUGGGGGGUGCACUGCACUGGGGAUGUGUGAAGCAGGUACAGUAGUUAAAUAGUCUAGUCCGUGUAGAAAAAUGUCCGGGAAAAUCCAGACGUAAUGGCAUCUUUUCUCCCCUUGCGAUUUUGCUGAAGCAAGUUCAACAACUUUUCUGUAUAGAUUUUCACUGUUUGAAAUAUGGCCAUAGAUAGUUCAAUGGGAACUGCUGCCAGCCUAGGAGCCAAGCUCCCCCUAUAAAAUUUUUAGGGGGGGGGUGUGAAUAUUUUAUUUUAUUCAAUCCUGAUUUCAAGGAUUGUUGACAAGCUCACUUUAUGCACGGGUGGUGCUGUGGUCUAAACCACUCAGCCUCUUGGGCUUGCUGAUCAGAAGGUUGAUGGUUCAAAUCCCAGUGACAGGGUGAGCUCCCGUUGCUCUUUCCCAGCUCCUGCCAACCUAGCAGUUUGAAAGCACACCAGUGCAAGUAGAUAAAUAGGUACCGCUGUGCGGGAAGGUAAAUAGCUUUUCCAUGCGCUUUGGCUUCUGUCACAGUGUUCCGUCGCACCAGAAUUGGUUUAGUCAUGCUGGCCACAUGACCCGGAAAUCUGUCUGUGGACAAACGCCAGCUCCGUCAGCCUGAAAGCAAGAUGAGCGCUGCAACCCCAUGGUCACCUUUGACUGGACUUAACCGUCCAGGGGUCCUUUACCUUUUUACCUAUGCAAUCUGGAGUACCCACCCUUAGAAUGUCAUGAAUUCCAUCGCGGGAGGGGGGAAUGAUUCUGUUGUACUCACCUGGUGUUAUAGCACACCUGAAGUCGUUGAUACCAUUGGAGGUUGGAGCAGAGAUUGUGACAAUUUGAUUGUUUCUAUCCACUUUCAACCGUUUAUCUGGCUAAAUAAAACUAAAAAUGCACCCC